CACACCACAGAAACAAACUGACCUGAUGGACGUAUUAAAACACUGAAAGUGUCAAUUUUAGUGCUAUUCAGUGGCGGUGGCCGUGUUUGGUGGCAGUCAGCCACUCAGUCUGACAUGUAUCUGUUAUUUUAUGCGGCCGAAACUUCAGUUUAUAUUUUAUUUGGUUAGUUAUUCCGCUCAUAAACCAGCUCGUGUUAUUGCUGGAAAGCUGUCUUAGCUAGUUCAAAAUGACUCUUCCAGCUGUGUUCAACACCGGUGUGCUCUACAGACGGAUUCUGGCUCAGUUUCCUCAGGACAUCAGUUUAGCUUUUGCUUAUGGGUCUGGCGUUUUCAAACAACACGGGACCAACCAAGGUCAAAUGGAGAAGAACAUGCUUGACUUUGUGUUUGCGGUGGACGACCCAGUGACGUGGCACACCAUGAAUCUGCUGCAGAAUCGCAAACACUACUCCAUCCUCAAGCUGCUCGGGCCCACGAUGAUCAGCUCCAUACAAAACGAUCACGGGGCUUCGGUGUACUACAACACACUGGUGCCUGUGGAUGGGAGGAUAAUUAAAUAUGGUGUGAUCAGUACAGAGUCUCUCAUAGAUGACCUGAUGCACUGGAACACCAUGUAUGUUGCUGGACGCCUUCACAAACCAGUGAAGAUGUUGGUGCAGAAUGAGAACGGAAAGCUCCGCGCUGCUCUGGUUUCCAACCUGAAGAGUGCUGUGAUAGCCUCCUUCCUCAUGCUGCCAGAGAGCUUCACUGAGGAAGACCUCUUCCUGCAGAUAGCUGGUCUUUCUUAUGCUGGGGAUUUUAGAAUGGUGAUCGGAGAAGAUAAAUCCAAGGUGGUCAAUAUCGUCAAAGACAACGUUCAGCACUUCCGGAUCCUGUACAGCAACAUCCUACGAGACUGCCCUCAAGUGGUCUACAAACCACACCACGGGAAACUGGAGGUUGACAAAAGCCCAGAGGGACAGUUUACUCAGCUGAUGGCAUUGCCUCGGACCCUCCAGCAAAGGAUCACGAAGCUGGUGGAUCCUCCGGGGAAAAACCGAGACGUGGAGGAGAUCCUGCUGCAGGUUGCUCAGGACCCAGACUGCGGAGCUGUCGUGCAGCAAGGUAUUGCAUCGAUUGUGAAAACCUCCAGUAUAACACAGAGUAUCAAAUGCAUUGCAACAGCUGGAAUGUGGAAGACGGUGUCGUACAGCUCCAAGAAACUGAUGAAGAUGUGGAGGGGCUGGAGGAGGAAGCAGUCAGUCUCACAGAUGUCCUGAUCCUGUUCCAGGUCUUUCUCUUUGAACUCUCAGCCAGAUAAUCCACGUCCAUCCUCUGAUUUUUACCCCGACAAACUGUGGCUGGAAGAACCACACACUCACCUCUCCUUUGGUUCUAUCACUGCGUCGCCUCUAUGAAUGGGAUCGCUGAGCAGGGUGUAAAUCCGUGUCUUGAAUAGCAUAGAAUCGUCUAUACAGCUGCCUGUUAUCAUGCAGUUCAUGAAAGCUGAAGAAAAAAGGGUGACAUUUUACGAGCGUGACUGAAUUACGGCUGACAUUUAAUGGUACUAAGGACCUUUCUGCGAGAUGACUACAGUGACUGGCGGGGAGCUGCUGAAUCGGCUAUCUCUGGAGCCACAGCACUAAAUCAGCGUGAGCACAGCGUACAUCAAGUACCACAAGUAUAAUGAAGAAAAUACUUUGGUGUCUUCUGCCACGUUUUGAAUUGAGUGUUGUGAGAGGGUUUCGUUGAACUCUUUCAGAUGUGGACCACUGUUACAUGUCACACACACUUGUUAUCCUCCUCUCACAUUGCCAAAGAUCAAGAAUAUUUCAUCUCUUUGCUCUUCAACACCAUCUCAAAAAGGUUGUCCGAUAUUUAUGUCUGUAUUCAUGAAAUAGAAAAUAGGAUCACAUUUAUUUUAUCAUGAAAAUGUUCCUCACUGUUACAUUUUAUCUCUUUGCUGCCCUGCUGUUAUGAACUGGUCAUAGUCACAACUGGAGGUCACCAAUACUGGCUGUGGUCUAAUUCAGUUCAAAGAAAUGGGUUUAAUAAAUAUUUUAAUACAACAGCA